AUGCAGUUUGGCUUGCCGCUUCUUGACUGGACCACUGCAGAGAAAUCGUUCGAAUGGGUCGAUCCAUAUAUGACUGAAGAAGGUGAAUUCAAUUUCCUCGCUGGCCGGCCGGACGGAGUUACGAGGGGCACGGAACGACAAGAUUGUCUUACGAUGUAUGCUUCUCUAAAUUCUUACUAUCAUGGAUUUAUUGAUGAUCAAUUGUAA